UGCUAAAUAACAUACAAAUUAAGGUCUGGUUCUAAUAACGUUAGCUUAAUGGCUGAAAGGCAUUAGGGUUAUGUAACAUGUCAUUUAUUUGUAAAUUUUACUAUAAUAUGUUGACAAUAUUUUGGCAUUGCUGUUAAAUAAACAUUGUCAUUCAGCUGUUACGUUGGCCGCCAAAAAUUAAACUUCUACUGAGUGACUGGUCGCUUUUAGCAUAGAGGAUCUUCGGCUGCGGGUUUGAGCCAGUAGGAAGGCGCCUGUUGACAGAAGGCAGGACGGGACUCUCCGGGCGGCGGUUGGUAGUUGGAGGAAUAUCGGACCGUCAUGGACAGGACGGCCGUGGUGAAGGUCGGAGCCGCGGCCAGUGCCAGCGUCUGUGCCCUGUUCGGCGGCGUAGUUCUGGCCCAGUACAUCGUCGCCAAGAAGAAGCGAGCGGGCAAGAAAACGAGGAUCAUAGAGAUGAUGCCUCAGUUUGAGAAGACGACGGUCCACAUGAGGGACCCUGAGAGGGUGGAGCAGAUCAUCUGUGGCCUCAUCAAAGGAGGAGCUUCCAAAUUACAGAUCAUCACAGACUUUGACAUGACGUUAAGCAAGUUUGCUGUCAACGGCAAACGCUGUCCGACGUGUCACAAUAUCAUCGAUAACUGCAAGCUGGUGACAGAGGAAUGCAGGCAGAAGCUGCUGCAGCUGAAGAAUAAAUAUUAUCCCAUCGAGAUCGACCCUCAACUCACCAUGGAGGAGAAAUACCCAUUCAUGGUGGAGUGGUAUUUCAAGUCUCACACACUACUUGUGGAGCAGCGGCUAGAGAAAGACAAACUGCCAGAGGUGGUGAGAGAGUCUGACGCUGCACUCAGGGAAGGCUUUGAGCAGUUCUUUGAUCGCCUGCAGCAGCACAAUGUGCCUGUCUUCAUCUUCUCCGCUGGCCUGGGCGACGUCCUGGAGGAAAUUAUCCGCCAAGCCGGAGUCUACCACCCCAACGUCAAGGUCGUCUCCAACUUCAUGGACUUCGACGACAAUGGCGUCCUGAAGGGUUUCAAAGGCGAGCUGAUCCACGUGUACAACAAACACGACGGCGCCCUGCGGAACACAGAGUACUUCAAACAGUUGAAGGAAUACUGCAACAUCAUUCUAAUGGGUGACUCGCUGGGGGACCUCAGCAUGGCUGACGGCGUGCCCAAUGUGGAGAACAUCCUCAAGAUUGGCUUCCUCAACGACAAGGUGGAAGAGCGACUGGACAAAUAUCUGGACUCUUAUGACAUCGUCCUGGUGAAGGACGAGACUCUAGAAGUGCCCAACGCCAUCCUCCAGAAGGUUCUAUAACUCAACCUCCACCCCACCCCCCACCCCCAGUCCACUCCUCUCCUCCCAUGGACCUGUCAGACUUCUAACACCAACUUAAACCUUUGUCGCUGGUCCAGAGUGGUCACUAUUUUAACCCCACCACUUGCUCUGGAUCCCCCACUGUAAAAGCCUUUUUAAAAGAGAUUUUACAUCUCUUAAAUGAACUGUUUUAAAAGUCCACACCGCAGCAUCAGCCUGUUUCUAGUGUGUUUUGUCCGUUCCAACUGGUUCUGAUGUUCUCAAGUCGUUUUAUAAUAAAAGAAUAACCAAAAGUGAGAUGGAAAAACCCCCCACAAACUCUCACUCCAUCUUUAUAAUUUGCACAUUAUUGUUACCAUUGUUAUUCAUAGGAUUUAUUUUGAUAUGGUAAUAUUUGUAUACCAUAAAGCAGGCGCUGACAGGCGGACAGUGUUUUCUUUGGAGCUAUCCCAGCAUGCCUGUCACCUCAGUUACACUAAUUAUGUGAAUUGGGUGUUAGACGUCCACUUGGUCAGACUGAAAGUGACCCCUUGGUAUCAGACAUAAAACAUGUAUCUGCAAAAGCUGUUCGAGGGUCAUGGAAGUAAUUCAGUACAUAAAGGACCUUUGAAAAUGUAGUCUAAUGACCAUUGACACCAUAUUCGUUUGAGGGAGAGAAAAAAAAGGAUUCAGAUUGUCAACAUGAAACUCAGAUGAUCAGAGGAAACGCACUUUAAAUUGUGUGUAUGGGGGAAUCAGCCUGUACAUGAACACGUGUGGCAAUAGUUUUGAUAUGUGGAUGUAGGAACAUGUUCUUGCACAGAAAAGCCAUAUAAGCUUUUUUUUUUUUAACCCUAAUGUGCUCAUUUUGUAUCAUAUCUACACACAGAGGAAGAAGCAGCUCUUUACUCUUGAAACAUACACGGCAAAUGCCCUUUUAAAUUUGUGAGCUUCUUUGUACAGCUGACUCAACAAUCAAGUGUUCUCCAUGAUGUGUUUAAGGUUAAAGAGGUAUUAAGUAAUACUAAAGAUGAUCUCUAGUGGUCAUUAGUGGGAAUUACACCAGUAAAAUCCCCUUGAACCAAGGUAACAGGUGAAGUACUGCAAAAUUACAAUAUAUCUAAAGUAUAGUUUAGUUCACCAUUUCAGUAAACAGAAGGAUGCACACUGCUGCCGGUGGCUCAAUAAAACUCAACAUGAGACUUAUUUAAUUUCAUCACCUUUUCAUUCUGUGGUUAAAAUUGAGCACCACUUCUAAAAUAUUCAUCUUUGUUUUUUUGGGAGGUUCAAAUCUAAAAUGUCCCCCCUCUCUGUCGCAACAUGUUGUGUUGAAUGUUCUCUUUGACUUUGUGUUUUUAAAUGUGCUGCUAUCACCUGCAUGUUGCCUUUUCUUAUCGUUAAGUUUAUGUCAAUGAAAUGGGAGAAGUAUAUAUCAGUAAAACAGGGAAUAAUGUCAUACUGUAUAUGUGGGCGUUAUAUGGAAAUGUAUAUUGUUUCACUGCAUUUGGAGAGAUCUCCAAAAGUAUAGACUGGUGUGUUGUAUUUUUAUAAGCAGAUGGCUUUGUCUUUUCAUUGGUGUGAUUUGAAAAUGCAAUAAAAUGUCAUUUUGUGAGCCAUGACUGGA